AACUCCAUUGUCUCCGUCUUCGCACCACCGCUACCCCCGCCGCUGCACAGCUGACUCUGUGGGUUCUUGAGAAGAAAGAAUGAAGACUCUCAUCCUCGCCACCAUCCUCCUCCCCCUUCUCACUUCCGUCGCCGCUCAAUCGAGCGCUGGGCCUGCUGGUUGCUACAGGGGCCCGGGUAGCCUGUCCUCACAGCAACUAGGCGCCCCCAACUCUGUCGCGGCCUGCCGCGAGACUUGCGUGAGAGCCGGCAACUACCGCGUCCAAGCAAUGACCGGGGGCACAGAAUGCUACUGCGGCGACAACCUGCCGCAGGGCCCGAGAGCCCCCGAUUCAAAUUGUGGGGCCAAUUGUGCUGGAGCUUUGAACGAGACAUGUGCCCCGCCCAUCCCUUCAACCCGGGGGUCAACGCUAAUUGGAACAGGUGGAAGUAAUGAUGGGAUGUUCUUCUCGUUUUACUUCACGGGAGCGAGCGCCUCGCCACCCGCGGGCUCGAAUACUACUUCUGGUGGCGGCGGGAACAGUAACACUACGCGUAGUGGCGGGGCGCAGACUAGUGUUCCCGCGAACACGACUGCCGGCAGGGGUGGAGCAACGACGUCAGAAGGUUCGGCCGCGACAAGGACCGGUGGUCCGGCGGGAACCACCGGCUCAAGCGCUACUGGUACUGCUGCCAGCACUUCGACUGGUGCUAGUUCUGGCGAUAGUGUGCAGGUUGGAAGCGGGGUGCUGAUCGGGGCGGUGAUUGGGAUUCUCGCUAUGGUUUUCUAAGGAUGGGAUAUUCGUGCUGGGGCGGUGAUUUUUUGUACAAAAUUAGUAUAUCGUGUCACUUCUAGGAUUGGUUAUUUCUUUAGACUAUCGAGUUGGAGAUUUUGAGGUAAUUGGAAUAAUAUAUACCCU